UGUCAAAAACAUCUGUGUUGAAGUCUAUUUUUAGAAUUUACAAAGAAAUUGCAGCAAAUAUAUUGCAAUUCGUAAGUUUUCACAGAAGCUUCUUGAGCAUUACAUAACAGAUCAUUAAGACCAUGGCGCUGCCCGAGGGAUUGUCUAACAAAAUGAAGGUCUUCCAGGCUGUCAACGAUGUUCCAGUUUUCCUGAAAGGUGGCCCCAUAGACAAGGCGUUGUUCGGCAUUACGGCGGGACUGUGCGGAAUCGGACUUAUUAGCAUUGUCCAUAUGAUCUACACAAUGGGCUUUGCCAAGAAGAAGGCCUAAUCUAAGCGCUCACAUGUCAUGUUUUAUCUAUUAAAGCAAGACACUGUAUUGUUAA